AUGAGUCGCCGGUUAUUCACACGGAUUGCUGAUGAUUUGGCGGGGCUAGACCCGUUUUUCACGCAACGACCCGAUGCUCGAAAUUAUGAAGGGUUCACCACGUUACAAAAGUGUACUGCGGCCAUUCGCCAACUGGCGUACGGGACAGUGGCCGACGCUUUGGACGAGUACUUACAGAUGUCGGCAAGAACUACGCGAGAAUGUUUGUCUCGGUUUUGCCAUAAUGUGGUGAAACUGUAUAGCAAAAAAUAUUUGCGGAAACCAAACACGUAUGAUGUUCAACAGUUCUACCAAGCUCAUGAAGCACGGCACGGGUUUCCCGGAAUGCUCCGUAGUAUUGAUUGUAUGCAUUGGGCGUGGCAUAACUGCCCGAAUGCGUGGCGAUGCCAAUAUACGCGAGGUGAUCACGACCAUCCAACCUUAAUACUUGAAGCCGUGGCCUCACAAGAUUUGUGGAUCUGCAUUCUUUCUUUGGUCUCCCUAGUUCACUCAACGACCUCAACGUGCUAUACCAAUCGGCGAUCUUUAGCGAUGUCAUUAAUGGAACCGGUCCGGGCACCUGUUUUACAGUUUCUGGGGUUGAGUAUAGACGCGGGUAUUAUCUUGCUGACGGAAUAUAUCUGUCUUAGUCUACAAUUGUCAAGACUAUUCCAUAUCCCAAUGACGAAAAAAGGAAAAAAAUUGCCAAGCGUCAAGAUGCUGCAAGAAAAGACAUCGAACGUGCUUUUGGUGUUUUACAAAAAAAAAUGGGCCAUCCUUGAACAUCCGGCACGUGCGUUCACACCGAAGAGGUUGCGCCUUUAUAUGUACGCUUGCAUUUUGCUCCAUAACAUGAUUAUUGAAGACGAAAGUCGGGCGAUUUGUGAGUAUGAUGAGAAUGCAUCUAUCGGGAAUAUUGUCCCGGUAGAUCCGCCACAACAGGAUUUAAACUCGUUCUCGCUAACCAACGACUUCACGCAUGCAAACCUUCAACAGGAUUUGGUAGAACAUAUAUGGAACAACGUAAACGUCGGGGACGGUGACGAAGACGAAGACGAAGACGAGAAGUAUGGAAAAUCGGACCCAGUCAUGACAUCAUGGCGUUUUGAUAAGGAAACAGACAUGGUGACCGUUAUAUAUGACUGCGGAGAGCAGGAAGACUACUUGCUUGAAAACCUCAUGACAAAGCAGGGGAUUGGAUUCAUGGAAGAAUUGCACAAUGCCACUUGUUUGAACACAGACAUGGACUCAAAAAUGGCGUUGAUGCAGGACAUAUUCAAAUGGAGGCUUCAGAAUCUUCAGCAACAAGAAGCCGAUGAAAGUGAAGGUGAUGACAUGGAUGAAAGUCUAGAUGAAGACUCCGAGGAAGAAGACAACGGAAGUGAUGGAUACUUCUUGGAUAAAGUACCUUCUAACGAGGAGUUUUAA